AUGAGGCGAAGCCUUGCCAGGCUGUUCUCGACUCCGGCCGCGGGCCCAGUAUUCCUCGGCCGGCCCCUCCCCGCUUCCGUGACGAUUGUAGAGGUAGGGCCGCGCGAUGGCCUGCAGAACGAGGCCACCCCCAUCCCCACGGCAACAAAGGUGGAACUCAUAGAGCGGCUGGCCGCUGCUGGCCUGCCCGUGGUGGAGGCGACGUCCUUCGUGUCCCCCAAAUGGGUGCCCCAGCUGGCGGACGCGGCCCAGGUGCUAGCACAGGUCCUGCCCCGCCCCGGGGUCAGGUACCCAGUGCUAACCCCCAACAUGAAGGGUCUGGAGAAUGCGCUGGCGGCGGGCUCCCGGGAGGUUGCCAUCUUCACGGCGGCCUCGGAGGCUUUCAACCGCGCCAACACCAACGUGGGCAUCGACGACAGCCUGCGGCGCCUGGCCGACGUCGCGGCCGCCGCCCAGGCGGAGGGCGUCACGGUGCGAGGCUACGUCUCCUGCGUGGUCGGCUGUCCCUACCAGGGGCAUGUGCCUCCCCAGGAGGCCGCGCGCGUCGCCCAGGCCCUGGAUCAAAUGGGCUGCUACCAGGUGUCCAUGGGCGACACCACGGGCGUGGGCACGCCAGCCUCCGUGGCCGCCAUGUUUGAGGCAUGCACCAAGGUGGUGCCCGUCUCCCGCCUGGCCGCGCACAUGCACGACACCUACGGCCAGGGUCUGGCCAACAUCCUGGCAGCGCUGCAGCUGGGCGUGGCCACCCUGGACGCCUCGGUGGCGGGGCUGGGGGGCUGCCCCUACGCGCGGGGCGCCACGGGGAACGUAGCCACCGAGGAUGUGGUGUACAUGCUGGAGGGGAUGGGCGUGGCGCACGGCGUGGACCUGCCCGCGCUGCUCGGCGCCGCCGACUUUGUGUGCGGCGCCCUGGGCAGGGCCAGCGGCAGCCGGGCGGGCACCGCGCUGGCGAGGCGGCGGGACAAGGAAGCGGGGGCGCCUGCCACCGCAGCGGCCUGA